AUGAGCCUCUUUCGACAUCCAGGAGCUGGCAAAGUCGAUACAGUCAUUGAACCUAUUCCUCGACAGGCCGUGGAGGAUGGAUCAGAGCAAAAAAUCACCGAGCAAGAUCUAUAUCGGUACAGCCGAUACCGAUGGCUAUGCGACGAGCCAAAGAAGCUCGAGAUGCGCUACCGCAAGUUCAACUUAAAUGGUCUCAUGAAUGAAGCUGUUAGAGUUGUAGGUAAUGGAGCAAAGUCAUGUAUGAAAGUGCUGAAAUGUGUCGAAGGGCAGUUUAACAAGGCUUUCAUCCUAAAGAUGGAUAACGAUGCGGAAGUCGUUGCGAAAAUACCUAAUCCGAACGCAGGUCCAGCAUUUUAUACCACUGCAUCUGAGGUUGCAACGCGUCAUUUCAUCGUUAACAUCGAGGCAAAAUUGAGUUCCAUCUCAUUCUCAAGGCAUGGUAGUAUUUACUACAAAUCCGACCUUGCAUCCAAGGGCAUCACUUAUGACCCCCUUACUGCAAAUAAUUAUCAGGUGGACAAUUCAUCCCGGACCCUCAACCGUUCGGCGCUAGGGGACUUUGCUAUAGGCCCCCUGACUAAUGUUAGAUUAUGGGAGGGCAAGAAGGCUACAAUGAACCUCGAUCGCGGCCCAUGGAAUACCGCUGCCAAGCACAUUACAGCCUUAGGAUCUAAUGAAAUUCUCUGGACUGAAGCUUACGCUAAGCCCCGAAUGAAUUAUCAUCGGUCCAUGAACCAUCCCAAGAUGCCAGAAGACUAUAUCUCCCUCUUAAAACGAUACAUUGCACUCGCACCGUAUCUUGUACCUGCUUCUGGGAAAGGGGCACCCAAAACGCUGCCACAUCCAGAUUUGCAUCUGGACAACAUUUUCGUCAAUCCUGAGACAAGGAAAAUUACCAAUAUUAUAGAUUGGCAACCAACAUCCGUUUGCGAAACGUUUUUGCAGAGUCCUUUCCCUCAAAUGAUUACGCCGAUUGGCGCCGCCAUUUCUGAGAGAGAAUCUAAAGCAGAGGGCCAUCAUGUCGGAAACGAUAGACAACAUAACGAUGAUACCCUGGCCUAUUAUCAGAAUCUUCUCAAAAAAAAGGCUCCUCAACGAUGGACACUGUUAAACGAAGAAUAUCUUUCAGUCCGGACGAAGCCUAUUUCCCUAGUCAAGGGGUGCUGGCUUGGAGAAGACCUGUUUUCUUUCCAGAAUUCCCUGAUCAAUGUGAUUGCGCAUUGGGAUAAACUUGUGCCGAGGGGAGAAUCAUGUCCAGUAGAAUUUACGGACGAGGAGCUUGAGCUUCACAACAGUGAGAUGGAGAUGAUAGAAGGUCUGUCGACUAUUAUGCAUCAACUUCAAGAUGAGAACCUUAUACCUCUAGGAGGUAUGCUCAACCUCGAUCUCGAUAUCUGCGACAGCCCAACAGUCUCGCAUACUGCAAAGUACCUUCAUUUAAACCCUCAUUUCACUUCUGCCGACUUCGAACGUUCCAAGACAGAUCACCCCGACGACACCGAUGCUGGCUCUGAGCUGUUCAGCAGCUAUGAAGCAGAACUGAAGCUUGUCCAGGCCGAUCUCAACCAGAAGCUCGACCAGAUCACUGAAGUUUCCGGCGAGGAGCGAAAGGCGUCUAUCAGGCAGGCGGAGAGAGCAUUGGAAGAAGCAAACGAACUGCUUGACCAAAUGCGAAUGGAGAAGGAGAACAUCCCAUCAUCAACCCGUUCCAAGAUAAACGCUCGCUUUAGAAACUAUCUCACAGACGUCGACAAUACUAAACGGAGACUCCGCUCUCUCUCCGAUGACCGCAAGGCCCUCUUUGGCGAACGCUAUACCGAUGAUCCAAGCAGUGCCUCUGAUCAACACCUAGAACAGCGACAGCAACUUCUAUCUGGUACUGAACGGCUAGAGCGAAGCUCCGCUCGUCUACAGGACAGUCAGAGGGUAGCUCUGUCCACAGAGGAGAUUGGGCGUGAUACUCUCGCCGAUUUAUACCGUCAGCGUGAGACGAUCGAACACACGAGGGCUGGAUUAUUGGAAAGUGAAGGCUAUGUUGACCGAAGCGUCAAGACUCUGAGGGGGAUGGCUCGUAGGUAG